ACCCGACCAAAUUGACCUGACCAAAUUGACCGGACUCCAAAUUUUUCUACAUCAUUCCGCUUAGCUUGUUGAAAAGUUAACAGAACUAGAACAAAGGUUAGGAGGAUAAUUAACUUUUUGGUGAUUUUGUGGUAAUUGGAAGUUUAACUUAAAAUUUAAAGCGAACAUGCUUCGCACAAAAUGGUCCACCGUUUUCCUUGCGGAAUUCGUGGCAUCAUCAUUUGCGAAAUCUGAGAGGAAAAACGGUUAUGUUUCUGCCGUUACUGUUGACCAUUCAAGUGUUUGGGAAGAUUUGUGGAAUUGGAAAUUUUCAAUCGGAUUUGUAAUUAUAUCCAUUUGGUCAUACGCUUCAAUGACGUUCUCGCGGAAAGGAAUUAUGCUGCAAAAAUUUCCAAUGCCGUGGAAAUUUCCACUGAUUGGAUCGGUACCGUUUUUGCUGCUUGGACCUGAAGGUUUCCCAUACACGCUCAUCCGAGGAAUAGAAAAGUAUGGGAGACGUUUCGUCCUGUGGGGUGGGGGGACGCCGUAUGUCGUCAUUAUGGAUGCAGAAGGGGCACAGAAAGUUCUAUCGUCCCCGAAAUAUGUUGAGAAAGGGUUGGAUUACAAAAACACUAAAUGGAUGCUAGGCGACGGAUUGCUAAAUUCAGAUGGAUAUAUCUGGAAAGAAGACAGAAAACUGUUAAAUCCCUCCUUCAAAUAUCAAAGUUUCGACGGAUUCCUGACCCAUUUUAAUAAACACAGCAGAAUUCUGACAGAUAUUCUGAAAAACGAAGCCACCCCCGGAAAAGGAUUAGACCUUCUCCCAUACCUGUCCAGCGCCACGAUGGAUUCCAUCACAGAAUCGGCGCUCGGACAAAGCUCAAAUUAUCAAAGGGACACUGAUGGAAAGUUAUUCCACGCCAUAAAAAUGGCCCUUUUUUCCUGUCGGACGCGCCAUUACAAACCGUGGUUGAAUUUUCAGAUAAUUUGGGACAUAUUUGGAUUUGGCAAACAAGACAAGAUUUGCAUAGAAAUCUUUGACGACUUCUACUCACAAGGUUUCGAAACAACCGCGAGCCCUAUGAAUUUUACGCUUUUUCUCCUCGCAGAAAAUGAGGAAUGUCAAAGAAAAGUUCAUGAAGAAUUGGACUCGGUCCUUAAAACGGAUGGAGACAUUACUUUCGCUGAUUUGGCAGAGCUAAAGUAUUUGGAAAUGUGUAUUAAAGAAUCGCUUCGAAUAUUCCCUCCGGGUUCCCUUAUCAUACGACAUUCUGUCGAAGAUAUUCCGCUAGAUAACGGCCAAAUAAUUCCUAAAGGGUUUGAGAUGGUAUUCAUCAUCCGAGAAAUAAACCGAGACCCGCAAUAUUUCCCAAAUCCGGAUGAAUUCGAUCCGAAUCGGUUCCUACCGGACACAUGUGUUAACAGACAUCCAUACGCUUACAUUCCAUUCUCCGCCGGGCCGAGAAACUGUAUCGGAAUGAAAUAUGCCAUGAUUCAAAUGAAAACAUGUUUGGCCCACAUUUUGAGCAAGUUCCACGUUUCCACUACACAAAAGCGGAAGGAUUUAAAAAUUGUGUAUAGCAUUCUGCUCGAGACCAUUCCUCACAUUGAGGUAACCAUUUCUCCAAGAAACUGAGUUAUUUAACUUGAUCCAAAAAAUAAUUUUAACCGUUCGAUUAAAUAAAAAUUUAGCUUACAUUACGAAAAUGUCGGCUGUUAAUGUCA